AUGUGCGAUUCACAGUUCGAUCAAAAGAAGAUUUUGAAAACGGCGAAGAAUUCCAUCCGGAGUUUGCACAUCAGAUAUUCGGCGAAAGGUCGGCGUUUUUUAUCACUCGUAACCCGAUCUAGUGAACAGAUAUUUGGUUACAACAACCUAAAAAUAAACAUUUGGUAUCUCUCUGGGUCUUUAAAAACGUAUAUCAAUCAAUCCUAUUCAUCACGCAUAGAUAAAAGCCGUGCCCAAGGAGCAACUGUAAGCAGCCUUAUAGUUUGUGAUGUCGCUUUAGAUAUUGCUGGUUCCGCAAAACCUCAGUAUGCUUUUAUAGGCUAUAUGACUGUCUACAAGUUCUACGCCUAUCCGGCUAAUCUUCGACCACGAUUAAGCCAAGUGGUUAUAUUACCACCGUUCCGGAAUAUGGGUCACGCUACCGAACUUCUGCAUACAUUCUAUCGGGAUUUCGUUCAUGUUCCGAAUGUGUGCGAUAUUACAGGUGGGUACAAUAGUCCUAUUUUUACUGUUUUACCUUUGAAUGUGACGAUGUUUUCAUCAUCUAGACUUAGGUCGUUUAUUUUAUAG